CACCUUACUAGUUAAAUCCACGAUCACAAGGAGAAGACAACUCAAGACUGAUACCUAGCUUCCAAACAUGGCAAUCAAGACUGUUUUCGCUUUUUUUCUCGUACUGGCUGGAUUUGCAGUCACGUCAUUCGCAGGGACCAUCAAUCUCAGCAACUCCAAGAUUACUUUGACAGGGACUGGUACAAUUAAAGUGGAUCCCGUUGAAACCUUUUGGGCUGGACUUACGAAAAAUCGUCGCUAUCCCACAAUACUCAGCGGUGACCUGUUUGCUCUAAAACUCUACCGUUCUAGUGGUACACCAAAAUGGAUGCAGUGUUCUAAAUCAGCGUCCUGCACCACGUCAACCUGCCCUAGAGGACAAGUCAUGCUAAAUUCCAAGUUCUCGUCCUGUAAAACYGUGGUUUUCCGCAUACGAACACUUGGUAAACCAGACGGUCAGGUGGUAGAGGCUGGUGACUAUGUUGUCAUGUCAUUCCCUUUUUUUGGUGAGGCGAGGUAUUUCUAUUGCUCCACGUCCACUUCAGGUCCUUGUCGUGCAACUUGGGGAGUGAGCACUCCUUGGCCUAGACGAUAUUGGCUCAACAGGAAUCAAGCCAAAUUCCAAAUCUUUGCCAAGAAUGCCGAUGAAGGCAAACCCAUCCAGUACGGUGACACCGUUGGUUUCAAGUACGUUCACCAGUCCCAAGUCGCCUGGUUGUACUCUGAUGGCAGUAAGAUAUAUGCCCGGUCUUGCAGUGCAGGGAACUAUCAUAAAGUCCAUUGCACUAAGAUAAACUCAGGUUUUGCUUUCCAGAUUUACAAAAAAAUCUAAGCAGUGCAAAACUAGCCUGACAUAAUUAGAAAUAWACUGAUAAAUUUGUAAUUAAUGGGCAAAGUAAAUUAACAGCAAAGCCAAUAAAAGUGCUGUAAACAAAA